GCUGAUCAAAUGUCAAGAUGGAGUUUUGUUACGCAUUUAUCAGAUAAGAAAAUGUACAAUAUGAAAAGCAGUAAUAUUAUUUUUAUAUCCUACGUGGGUUAAAAUGGAUAGCACAGCUCCAUUUCAACCUUGGGCUAAAGAUGGUGUGAAAAAUGUUAAAUCCGAAAGAGAACUAGUGGAUGACGCGAAACUUCAUCAAGAAAAUGUCAACCAUCCAAAACAUACGCAAACUGCGUCUUACGAUAAAGAUAGUAUUUCCGCUUCAAACGAAGAUCCGGGACCAUCAAUUGCUACGGAUCCUGCUGCCGGGCCCUCCAGGAGCAAAGAGCCCAGAAUGGACUCUGAAAAAAUAGCUUCCAUGCAACAAUUUAUCGAGAACACCCUCAGCCAUGAAGGAAGACAGCGAGUUGCCCAGCUGUUAGAGGAAGUGGAAUCUCUGAGUGGUGCAGAGAGGCUCCUCUUGUACUUGCGGCUGCCCACCGGCAUACCGCCACAUGAUCCACUCAAGCAGCCAAUAAACCCACUUGGCUCCAGGGCCGAACUCCAGCAGACUGUAACAUGGAUACAAACGCAUUUGGAAGUAGAUCCCGAUGUCUCCCUGCCCAAGCAGGAUGUGUAUGAUGAAUACAUAGCGCAUUGCAUGAGUAGCAACAUGAAGCCACUUUCUACAGCUGAUUUUGGCAAAGUGAUGAAGCAAGUGUAUCCGAGUGUGCGACCCAGACGACUAGGAACGCGCGGAAACUCAAGGUAUUGCUAUGCUGGCCUUAGAAAAAAGAUUAAGUUGGAAGUUCCACAGUUACCAGAUUUGGGUGAAUCAUCGAAGGGGUUGCGUGAUCCAUCGAGAGACACCGAGCGGACUGUGCUUGACUGGGCGGAAAGUAAAUUAGGCAUAAAGUUGUCGAGCAUGUUGGAGCUGUCUCGGCAUGUGGCGUCGGCGGGAGCGUCACGUGUGCCAGCGCCGCCCAGCCACACCCCACCGCCCCUCGCCCCGUCGCACGUGCCAGGAUCUUCGGAGGACUCAACGAACAGACAAUUGAUGAAACAACUAAAACGGAAACUGCAGACGCAAGGUACACCAGGUCGACCGAAGAAGAACAAAGGUGUGGAAUUAUCCAGCGAGUCGCCACCGUCCACAUCGUACACGGCGCACGGCGCGCGCGGCGGGCACGCGCCUCCCGUGCACACCGCGCACGCUGCCGUUAAGCACGAAAGCGAGCCCGCCGCCGAGCCCCCCUAUCACUAUCAGCCCGCCUACAUGUACGAGGCGCGCCCGCCUUCCUUCCCGCCGUACGCCGCCCCGCCGCGCGCGCACCCGCCGCCCGCGCCCCACCCCGCCAUUCCCGGCCACGACUACCGGCCCGACGCCUACGUGUUCGAGCCACCCUACGCCCCGCGCGACCUCACUCUACCGGCGGACGCGACUCACAACCUCCCAAUCAACCUCAGCAGCGACGCUUCUCUCGACUUGUCCACUGAGCGCACGGAGUGGCAGCGCCGACGGCCGCCCGAGCCGCCGCCGGCGCCCGUGCGUCUUCACCUGCCGGGCAAAAAGCUGAUACUGGAGACAUACCAGAGUGAGACGCGGGCGGGUUCGCCUCGGCCUUCGCCGGCCGACAGUCGAGCGCCGCCCGCGGGGCCUCCCGCGCACGCUCCGGAGGAUUCUCCCAGGACCGAAUACCUGCCGAAGAAAAUGCGAGCCGCCGAGAUUCUGGGCGGUAAGCUAGGUGCCGCGCGGCAGGCGCUUGCCGCCUCCACCUCCGCUUCCGGGACCGGAGCGGAAUCGUCAAGUCGUUCAGAGGUUGCUUUUUUAGAGGAUCCAAAAAACGUAUCGAGCCGGUCCAAAAGCACCGCCGCGGCGCUGGCCCGGGAGCAACAGGAGGCGGCGAGUCCGACACGGUCGGUGAAGGCUCCGACGCCUAAGUGUGAGCGCAGCAAAAUACGGAAACCUGCACUAGAACGGAUCAUCAGAACGAAAAGGACCUCUACGGACGGGACCGAUUCACCAGAGCGGUCGGCCACUCCUGACUCCUGCUGCGGCUUGGACGGGAUAAACAUCAAGACGGGCAUGAUAUGUGAAGAGAAACACUCUGAAAUACUGAACAGAGAACGCGUGAUCAGCAUUUGCAACAUCGACAAGCACGCGCUGGACGACUACCUAAACGAGGGCAAUAGCCAGGAGCAUGAGGAGGAGCUGCUGCAGUACUUCCACCAGCGCGACGGCGAGCCGCCCCCGCCCCCGCCGCCGCCCGCGCCCUCUUGUGCUGAUGCUGCUGCUUUUUUAGACACAGGCCUGGACCCGCAAGACGAUCAUAGUCAAGGUAAAAAUGAAAAAAUAUCUCAGCUGCGGGAGUUACUUGCGAAAAAUCUAAAGAACCAAAGCGGGUCCAGUUCUCAGAACCUUCCAUCGAAUAAGGAAAUUCAGCUGCCUCGAGAAAACGUACGCGAUCCCGUCGUUAACGUUGCUAAGUCCGUAGUCACGGAAGGGGCUUUCAAACCAGUCAUAAAUACUGGUAUUGUGACCAUGAACGGAUCGACUUCGACCGCCGAAUCGAACAGUCGCAAACAUUGUGCAACGAUCACUAACGGUAACGGAACCGCUAUGCCCUACACAAAUCCUGGCGGUCCAGGUCAGGUAUCGACGGCGGCGGGAAAUCAUCUCUACAACGGAAACAGUCAUAAUGUACCUCAAAGUCCAACUACAAGGACGCAGCAGUAUGACUUCGUUCCCAUCUCGGACGGCUGCCACUCUCCCGGAAAUUUUCAUACUAAAUCUCCGGUCGGGUUCGUCCAGAGAGGGCACAGCCCGUCAAAGAUGAGCAAGCCCGCGAUGAUGGGCGGGUCGCUGCAGACUUCGCCUAUCUCACACAGCACGGCCGCCAGCCCCUUCGUUAGUCCGCGCAACACGCCGGUGCCGCGCUCCCGACUCUGUCCCCGACCCAUACCCAAGCUCAACGGGAGGAAGAGAAGAAACCCGUUAUCGUUGGGCGUCGGAGAUUCCAAGCCGUUUGCUAUUCCGAACGAUCAAAAGUUUUUUCCUAAAACAUCCUUAUGCGGGCCUAACGUCAAAUAUUGUCAGCCCAUGUCGGCGCCUCCUUCGCCCAACAUAUUGACAUCACAAUAUAAGAGCCACAUGUUCCAGUGUAACGCGAGCGUGUCGAACGGCUCCAGCAAUCUACAUUUAAAUUUUCUUCCGAAUGUACAGUUUCGAGACGGUAUAAAUGGAGACAUGGCUCAGCCUCUGUCGGCGGACCCUCUGUCGAGCGAGGUGAGUCAAUUCUUCCAGGAGUCACUGGGGAGUUACCGAGCGGACCCGGAGGCAUGCUUCCGCUCCCAGUCGGUGCCGCUGAAGCCGGGCGUGGGCGGUCCGCUCGCAUCCUAUAUACACACGCCCGUUGGUUCCGUGCCGCCCACUCCAGUGCCCAAUGAGUUCUGCGACUUUGGCUCUCUAGCCGAUACUUGCGACAUAUCUAAAGCAGGUCUCAAUCCGGAGACGCUGGAUAAAAUAUAUGACGCCAUAGACAGUAGUAACAAUGUACUUAAUUCGACAGCCGCUCAAAACCUUCUAAGUUCCGCUAAUCCUUUGAGCAACGGUUGCGACCCGUUGCCGGAGCAGCAGAUUCUGUCGGACGAACAGUUGAACUCGCUCAUCCCCGGCGACGGGGAACUACUCAACCAGUCUCCCGGCCAAUUAGCUAACCAUUUUAACCAUUCUUACCCGGAAGACACCUCGGCUUCAACUGACAACGUCGAGGAUUUUUUGAAACGGGCGCACAGCAUCGAAUUCGACUUGUCAGAGUUGGUAACGGACAAAAAUAAAUACUAUACAUCACGUUCAGUUCCGAGUACUCCGUUACCUUUCAAACGAGCGGCGCCAAAUUUGCAAAUAGAUUCACGUCGCCCUCGCGAAUUGUUCGGGCCGAGCGACUACUCCGCCGCGUCAAAUGGGAUUUCUUCCAAGUCGGUGCCGUCGACGCCGCAGCUAGCGGAGGACCGCAGCGUGUUCAGCUACAGCAACCGCGACUUCCUCAUCAACGGCAACUCGGUGGAGGUGUGCGGCGCGCUGGGCGGCGCGAGCGCGGGCAGCGGCACACUGGAGGGCGAGGCGCUGGGCUCGCCGCUGCACGAGAUGGACAUGUUGGAGCCGCUCACGCCCGCCGCCGAGCUGCUGGCCGACCUGGACAAGAUCGACGGCCCGCCCUACGUCGACCUCUAGUCACCCCUCACCGCCGCGCAGGAUGUAUAUAAAUCUAGGCCCGCUUUAUAUUUGUACAAAUAUUGAAGAGUUGCGUAUCUCUAAUGUGUACAAUGACCUCGUAUGCCUUCAGUGAAGGUUAACUGCUAAUAAGUUUUAUAAUCGAUGGAUCGCACGGUACGCUCCCAAAACAUUGAGUCAAUAAAUUUACAGUGAGAUUGUGAUAAACAAGCAUUAGUUGUUAACCGAACUAUCUGUGUUGACACUAAUCUAAUUGAUACCCAUAGCCCGCCUUUGAUUCUGUGAAAAUAUUUUGUAACAUUUCACACACGUGCUGGUCGAUUUUAAAAAGACAAGUCGAUCCCUAUUAUACCGCGUGUAUUAUAAUUAUAACAAACUAAUGUACAGCUACUACUUACAGUAGUAGUAGCUGCUACUUAAACAUAUAUUUAAAUGAUUGUUUUACAGAGGCACUCUUUAAUUAUUGAGUAAAUGCUGACUACAAAACAUUUUAAGGUGCCCCGAGGGUGUCACAAAUGUAUGUAUACAUUGUGUACCGGUGACGAUAUAGAAAUAAAAUUGCUCUCUCCCGUUGAAUAAAAAACACAGUUGUCCUCUCGUAAAGUAACCUGAAGAUUUUAAAAAUAUCGGUUACUUUACCGUCAUACCUUCCACACGCUCACGUCAUCACAAAUGCUCGAUUUAAAUAACAAACAACGAAAUAUGUACUUUGUAGAGUAACAAAACGCGUUCGACGACCAAAUUCACGUUUGCUGUACUUCGUUUGUUUAAUUAGCAAGUAUCUACACAGACCAAUGCGUGCUGAGCACGCUUAGGAAAUUAUAACCAAUUGGUUUAUUGAUACUAUGAAUAGUAUAUAGUUUAUAAAAAAUGAAUUUAUUGUAAGUUAGCACAAAGAUUUAAUAUAUUUUAUUAUCACAUAGGAAUUUUACUUGAUAUACUAAAUACGUAUACCUACAUACAAUUAACUGCAUGAAAUGCAGAAAAAAAAAAAUAUUCUGCCAUUAUGGCUGCCGUGAGCUUAAAAAGUGACCAAUAUUAUGCAUUAGUUGCUGGUAAAUGCCGGCCAGACAUUUUGUUUUGAGUCGUGUUUUUGGUGCAAUAUGUGGUAGGUAUGAGUUGCGAAAAGGGUAAUACGAAUUACUAAAUACUGUACGGUCAGCAUCAAAAGUAGCGUAUCAGACCAAAACUAUAUUACAUUAUCUAAUAGCUUAGCAAAUACUUUUGAGCGGAAACUGUAGAAAUAUAUCACUAUUUGGAAAAUCAUUCGAGGAUGGAAGAUACUUUUGGCACGUUGAUUCAUCCGCUACUAUUGAUGCUAACUGUACAGCUAUACAGUCGCGUAGUAGGUGUAGAUUAUGACAUUGAUGACAUGCAUUGAAUUGCAAUACAUACUUAUUGGCAAGAUGUAAGUUUCAUUAGCAUCUGUAUAUUUGUUCUGGCCGGCUUGAAGUUUGUGUUCUAUAACAAUGAAUGUAUGUUAUGCGGCCUAUUUAUACAUAGUACAUGUUUUGUGUGGGUGCUACGAAUUUCUUUGUAUUAGGCACACAUGCAAGAUAUCUAACAUUGUAACAAAUAAAUGCCCUCAUCUGUGCCUGAUAUAACGGUAUAAAAUAUGUACUUUUUGAUAGCUUUGUCGUUUGUUAAAUAAAACUUAGUACAAAAUAUGACACACUGAUUCGACAGGGAUGUAUAAUGUAAGUGAAACCGAAGACUGUUUAAAGCUUGUAGAUAUUUUGAACACGAAGUAAUUAACUUUGGCUACCGUUGUCUCGAGGAGGAGCCCGUGACGGACAACCUCAGUGAUCAGUGUUAUUAUUCCAAUUUGGUAUAAAUCUUACCAAAUUCAGCUAGUACCUAAUGUUUAAGCUAAGAUGUAUAUUUUAUUAAGUAACAUUUAGGUAUUAUGUUAUCAUUAUCCUCAACAUUGUUGAACAUUUUAACAUAAGACAAACUAAGAGUUGUCAUGUAAAUAUGAGUGUUUAAACGUUCAUCGUCAUUAUUGUUAUAAUAUGGGAAAUUCACACACAUCCAAAGCUGUAGGAAUAUCCAUCAUACGCCUAAUUCUUUUAUAAUAGGUUCUGAAACCCAUCCUCUUUUCGUGAUUAAGUAUGAUCCCAUUGUAAGUGGUUGGUGGGCUGUAGAAAACAACCCUUCACUUGUUUGUAAUCAAAACCGUCCUAUUUGACCACACUCUAAAUUAGUCUUGUAGUACAUAGUGUACAGGCCAGUCGAGACGGGAUGAAGAUCCACCGAUUCGAUCAAAAAAGAAAUUGGCGCCAAUCUCCAACUUAAUCACCAAUUUAAGAUUUAUGGUGAUAUUUGAGCGCUCUAAAUUAAAAAAAAAUGCCCCUAAACGCGAAUACUAGCACUACAAUUUGGUAUUCUUGCGUCUGCACUCCGCACCUCCAUUUAUUUUAUCGGUAGUAUCAGUCAUAAUCGGCUAGCCAAAGUGGAGUUUGCGUCCGCACCACCUGAUUUGAUCAGACAACUAAUCAGGUCAGCGACAAAUUAUUCCCGUCUGGACUGGCCUUACUAUAUAUUUUUGUACGUCGCACAGAAAAUCACAAGCAAUCAUGUUACAAAGUAUUCAUUAAUUCUAUUUCACAAUAUAUAUAAAAUUCAUGUACGCAUUUUUGAGUACAAAUUUGAAUGACCAGAAUUCAUCUUCAUUAUGGAUGUUAAUAAUUAGGAGUGCAUUGCAUACCUAAGUGUGAUGUGUCUAUUUGUUGUACACCAUAGUUUUACAUUUAAACAUGUUUAAUAAGUUUAAAGCAUAAUGUUUAUCAAUAUUCUUCCUAGGAUUGUGCAGUGUUUAUUGUUUUAGUAUCAUACAUGAGGAUUUUAUACUAUUUAUUGUUUUUAAUUGAAAAUGUUUAGUUUGGCCUAGCCUGUGUCAACAUGUUUUUUAAUAAAUACUUACACGUAUUUUUAAUGAUUAUUUUAAAACGAUGACAUCUCACAUUGUAUUUUGAGUACCUAAGUAAUAAUUAAUGUACCAACAUAAUGUAAGACACUGAUUUAAAAUUUAACGAUUAUUACACAUUAUUAACUAACACAAACGGGACUUAGCGUAUUAAGUUUUAAAUAAAAUAAAAUAAAACUUAAUACGCGAUUAAGUCCCGUUUGUGUUAGUUAAUAAUAAUGGUAAGACCUUUAAAACGAAAAGAUGACUAUUUGAUGUGCGAGCGAGAUGGAUAUACGUCUAUAGUGCUGUCUCGCUCGCACGCCGUCGCACAUCACGGUAUGCGAGACUUCUCGCUAGCAGGGUGUACAUGAAUGUACAUUCAUCUGUUCUAUUCACAUAAGAUCUACAUACAUUCAUGAGGCGCGAGCAGAGCAGGACCAACAUAAAAGUUAGUAGGUCGUGUAAUUGAAAUAACAAAACCUUUUUCCCGUUUUUUAUCGUUUUGUUAAGUAAAGAUUUAAUUCUCUACAAUCAUGAUCGAUCACCCACCUAAUUUAGAUAAAACUGUUUAACCGUUAUGCGAGCUUUAUGAAAAAGGAAAUUUUCAAUUGUUACACUCGAGUGAGAUACGAUUUUUUCAAAAGUAACCAGACUCUACAUUUAAUUGUACACUUUUCACGGGGUACGAAACAAUAGCUUAUCAACUUAUUAAUAUCAUAGAUGUAGGGUUGAUCCUGCUCGCGUCCUUAGAGUGGCCCUACACUGAAUUCACAUAUUUUAUAAAUUAAUUUGUGUUCCAAUGAAUUUGUGAGAUAUAAUCAGAUUCCAUAAAUGCCGUCCCGCCGCGAUGUAGACGGGUUGGCCGUACAUACCUUACAUUAUAUCUACAAGGUUCAGUCGUAUGAUGGAGAUUUUGUUUUUAGAAUAAAAGAUGAUUAUGUAAAUCUGAAAUUAACAUUAUUUUAUAGAUGUAUUGGUAGGCACUGUUUAUUUCUAUGUACUCUUAUUAUGUUGUUCUGUUAGUUAUUGUUUUUAUUUAUAAGAUAACAAGUGUUAGUAUAAUUAUUCAAUUAUAAUUAAAUGUUAAAUUUAAGUGAAGAUAUCCAUGUUGUUAAUUAGUCUUUAUGGAUGUUGACUUACACCAUUUGCUAUGCAGUGAUAAUAAAUGAUAUGAUAGUAUUUAU